AGGUUCUUACACCCCACCUAAUUCCCUCAACCUUGGGGAAAAUAAAAGGGAAAAGCGGUUGACGGUCAUCCGUCACUCCGCAGAGAAGUAGUGGAGCUCCUUCGCUCUGCUCGAGCUCGUCAUCCAUGGCGUCGAUUUUGAAUCUAGCAGGCGCAGGGCUUUUGUCGUCGGUGGCGGCGCCGGGGCGGAGCAGGGACGGAGGAUUCGCCGGUGCGGUCGGGAGCGCGAGGACGAGACGCGUGGUGUCGGUGAGGGCGGAGGCUCAGGCCAUAAACCCCGAGAUCAGGAAGAGCGAGGAGAAGGUCGUGGACUCCGUCGUCGUGGCCGAGCUCUCGAAGCCCCUCACUGCUUAUUGUAGAUGCUGGAGAUCUGGUACUUUCCCCCUCUGUGAUGGGAGCCAUGUGAAGCACAACAAAGCUACCGGGGACAAUGUUGGUCCUUUGCUGUUGAAGAAGCAAAAAGAGUAGAUUUUACUGUAUUCAUAAGGCCAAAUUUGGCAUGUUAAGCUGAAAGUCUGAAUUUUGAGCGUGAGGUGAAUCUUGUCUGUCAUACUACAGAACAGAUUGAGUUGCUGCUCCCUUAAUGAAUAAACUGAAUCGUUGAUCGUUUA